UGCUCCAUCUCUCUCUCUCUCUCUCUCUCUCUCUCUCUCUCUCUUUUUCUAAGUGUUCCACUCCCCACUCCAAUCUCACUCCUCACCUCUUAAACCUAUAGCUAGAGAGAAAAAACCUUCUCCAAAUCACAUAUUCUCUCUCUCUCUCUCUCUCUCUCUCUCUCUCUCUCUCUCUCUCUCUCUCUCUCUCUCUCCUCACACAACUACUAUUUACAUCUAUAUCUGUAUAUAUAUCUAUAUCUAUAGAUAUAGAUAUAGAUACACAAACACACACACAUAUCGAUAUAUAUAUAUAUACACACACACACACACACAUAGAUAUUAUUAUGGGGAGGUCCCCAUGUUGUGAGAAGGCUCACACGAACAAAGGAGCGUGGACUAAGGAAGAGGACGAGCGCCUCGUCGCAUACAUCAAAGCCCAUGGCGAAGGUUGUUGGAGAUCUCUCCCCAAAGCCGCAGGAUUGUUGAGAUGCGGUAAGAGUUGUCGCCUCCGUUGGAUUAACUACCUACGGCCGGAUCUGAAAAGAGGGAAUUUUACAGAGGAGGAAGAUGAGCUGAUCAUCAAGCUACAUAGCUUACUAGGGAACAAAUGGUCCUUGAUUGCUGGUCGCCUACCUGGUCGUACAGAUAACGAGAUCAAGAACUAUUGGAACACACAUAUCAAACGCAAGCUCCUUAGUCGUGGUCUCGACCCCCACACUCACCGUCCCCUCAACUCCCCUACCUUCGCCUCCACACCCGAACAACAACAGCAGCAGCAACAACAACAGUCGGAACCGUCAACUGCACCCACUACCGCUGCUGCUGCUGCUGCUGCCACUGUCGACGACGAUGAGAAACAUCGUUAUCUCGAUCUUAAUCUCGAUCUCUCGAUAAGUCUCCCGCAUUACUCCCCUGAAGAGUCCCCAUCCUCUUCUGCAGAGCCAUUAUCGACAACUGUUGCCACCACUGCAACCAUCGGAGUGGCCGCCGCUGCAUAUACUAAAGCUAUAUGCUUGUGUUACAACCUAGGGUUUGAGAAUGAGCAAUGCAGGUGCCAAAACAUUCAGAAUCCACAUGCAUUUAGAUAUAUUAGAGCAUUAGAAGAAGAGAAAGUAAUAGAUUAGUUAAAAUGCAAUGUUUUGUACCAUGCACCUCAUCAUGAGAAUAUAUAGAUAUAUUUAUAUGAAAAA